AUGGCUUCUGUUCUCCGUGUCCAGAAGACUGCACAAGGUGUAGCGGAUAUAAUAACUGUACGUCGUGCAAAACAGUGUAAAGGUGACUUUUACACUACCAACUGUAGCGUCGCUUGUAGUCCAUCAUGUAAAACAGAAAACAGUAAACAAACAUGCAGACUAAAUGAUGGAUAUUGUUUGAAUGAAUGUGAACACAAUUUCUGGGGCUCGUUAUGUGAUCAGUCUUGCCCAGUCGGUUGUACUGAAAACGGUUCAUCUCCGAUAUGCGAGAGAAGCAACGGGACAUGUAAACAUGGAUGUAAGGAAGGAUACAAAGGAGGCCAAUGCGAUAUAUUUGCUGCUACAAGUAAAACAACUGUGAGAUCCAAAGACACUUCGCAGUCUACUCCAACAAGUUCCGUCAAAGAAACUACACAGUCUACAGAUGAUGGAAUGUCUGAAUCACAGAAAGACAAUAAAAAAAUAAUCAUCAUAGGUUCUACAGCAGGCGGCGGUGUCCUAGUUUUGACACUGGUUAUCGUUAUUAUUGUUUGUGUCAAGAAAAGAAG